AGAUCUGACUGCAGAGGACCAGAUUGCGUUGUUAAAGUCGAGCGCCAUUGAAAUCAUCAUGCUGCGCUCAAACCAGUCGUUCAGCCUGGAGGACAUGUCCUGGAGCUGCGGUGGACCAGAUUUCAAAUACUGCAUCAAYGAUGUUACAAAGGCGGGUCACACCCUGGAGCUGCUGGAGCCACUGGUUAAAUUCCAAGUCGGUCUGAAGAAACUCAACCUGCACGAGGAGGAACAUGUGCUGCUCAUGGCCAUCUGCCUGCUGUCUCCAGACCGCCCCGGCGUUCAAGACCACGCCCGCAUCGAGCAGCUUCAGGACCAUCUGUCUGAGGUGUUACAGGCCUACAUUCGAGUCAACCACCCGGGGGGCCGCCUCCUCUACGCCAAGAUGAUCCAGAAGCUGGCCGACCUGCGCAGCCUGAACGAGGAGCACUCCAAGCAGUACCGCUCGCUGUCCUUCCAGCCCGAGCACAGCAUGCAGCUCACCCCGCUGGUCCUGGAAGUGUUUGGCAGCGAGGUGUCGUAGCACAGCAGGAAGAGGAGGAUAAAUGUUUGCAUAAACACACACUCAUCACACACCGGAUGAUUGAACCAACUCUGGCUGUCUUUUCCUCAAGAAAACUGAAGCUUUCAUUUAAAAAAAUAAAACACAGACUUUAAACAAGCGGGGAAAAUUGACGGCCGCAUAUGUAGACAAAUAUCUUCAUCUCUUCAUUAUCUGGUGACCCCGCCCUCUUUCCCAGAUCAUCUAAACGAAACGUCAACCACAACUAUGGAUUCACAAUCAUGACAUCUAAAUACGCUGACUGUUCCCUGCAACACAUGGAUCACCACAAUAUACCCUAACCUUUGUAAAGACAAUAUUGCAUAACAUAAUUUUUUUAGUUGCAUAUGCAGGUAUUUUAACUCACCCAUCCUCAGAUUUUCCUCAUCAAAAUCCAAAUUUUUAUCAUCACCACCUCUUGCUGGAUUCUGCUCCCGGCAGUUUCUCCUCCAGCGGAGACGACCCGAUGGAUGUGCUCGUCACAUCCCUCUCACCAUCAUCCUCAUGACAUUUCUCUGCGUUUUUUUUCCCCCCCUCUCCGUUUUUCAUCUUUUUACCCACGCUGCUGGGUAAUAAACUGUGUAGAUAGCUACAGACAUUUUGUUUACAGUUCUUAACAGCAAAGGCAUCCAAAUAUGUUAAACAUCCGAGGCCAUAAGCAAGCUCUUAGUAAAGUAAUAGAAAAAAAAAACAUGGACUAUAGGUUUAUAAAUACUUACACAGGUGCGAUAUCUGGUGUGUCCUGCCGUUUGAAUAUGUUCAUAUGAACGGAUUAAAAAGAAGACGGCUGGUUGAGAAUGGGAACGAGGAGGAGAAAGGUGCAAUUUGGAUGAACAAUAGGGAGGCGGUUAGAUGGAGGGAGGUGCUACGCUUGUGUUUCCCUGUUCAUAAUGAAAAUGUAACAAAAGAAGAAUGUAUGUAUAAUUUUAAAUAGUGAAUAUUAUAAGUAUAAGCAUAUAUUUGCAUAUGGUAUCGGUCAAAGAGUCGGAUGCACCGACUCUUUGAUUGUACUCUGUAUAGAAAGAAAUACUUCUGAGAGUGUUGAUUAAUAUAGAGGUUUUUGAGGCUCCUCCUCAGUUACGUAUGUAWACGUUAUCAAAAAUGACGUGAACACGCGUGCUGAGAGAGAUGAGAAGCCUGUCUAUUUUUGCUACGUGUACAGUGUGUGAGGGAAUUGAUGGACCACAAGGGGGUGCAUUUUCAGGCUCUACCUGAAGGUAUUGUGCAACAAAGCACUUUUCUGUUAAACUUUCCGAUCGUUUUGGACCUGUGAAGUUUGUAGGUUGACUUACGCGAGCAUAAUUUCUUGUUUUUGUGGGUGGCUAUUAUUCAGAAAUAUUUGUUAGGCUUUUUUUUUUUUUUUUUUUGGAUUGCUGCUAAGACAGAGCUAGAUAGUUGGACAGAAACCAGCUGCCAGCUGUUGCCUCAGGGAAAGUUUUUUUCUGAUAAAUUUGUUUUCUUGGUUUUUAAGGCGUGUGUGUGAGUGUGCGCGAGUGUGUGUGUGUGUGAAUGUGGCGUAAGCUUACAAUCAGGAGACGGAGAUUGUUUCUGAAGCUCUAGGCAUCACUGUGAUUUGUAAUCAUACUGAAUAACAGCAUAAGGAAGCUAAGAGAUAAACAUAAAAAAAAAGCUAAUACGAUUCUCAUUCCUAAGCUCACUUAAUCAUGAAAAACCUAUAAAUUAGUUUCAGAAAAUCGUACAGUUUAUAAGAUAACUACAUUUUUGGAUACGCAUUUAUCUUUCAUGAGAGGUAAUUAAAUUUAGUGUUUUUAUUAUUAUUAUUUUUUUUUGUAGGGCAUAGUAAGUCAAUAUUUUAAAGGCGGUAACAGUGUAUAGUUGUAAAAGUGUACAGUGUCUUGCUUUGGGAAAGAAAUCCUUCAGGUCCUCCUAAAAGCAGGGCAGAGAGAGAUGAAGCAUGGGAAAUACUUUUUUAUGAACGGACGAUAAAUUUUCUGUCACAUUGAUGUCAUUUCAACACCAGCCAUAUAAGCAAGGUUCAUCACUACUUUAUCACUACAUAUCAUGUUUCUGUUGACUUGGUGCAUGCUCACACCUCAUGCAGGCCUGGAUCGCCCCCUUGUGGAAGAACCUUGUAAAUACCACUUGCUUAGUCUGUAAAUAGAAGCUAGUGUAGGUGAAAUACUAAAGAGUUGAACUGUUGGUGGGAAGUUGCUCUGGAGACGCUCUUGUAUAUGCAAUUAAGAGACUAACUCCUUCAUUGUAUACAGCUUGAACGGACAGUCGAGCAAAAUCCGAGGAACUUGGUGAGUUGUUUAAUGAAGUGCUGUGUUGACGAUUUGUGGUUUUUCAAAUUAGCUAUUUGACAUGGCUUAUUUACAGCUUAAACAGCCAAAAUGUAUCUUGAUGGUAUUAAAAUUGGCCUUCAAAAAAGGUCAGAACUGGCAGGAUUGAUCAACUUAAUACAAUGAAAAUUUUAGCUAAAUCCUAAUUAAUUGAAAAAAAAUUCUGCGUAAUACAUAAAAAACACCACUGUAAACACAUGUAACUUUCUGUAAGACUAUUAAUACACCCAAACAACUCAAUAAGUUCUUGCUAUUAAACAUUUUGCCUGUCCAGUCCAAGAUAAUGGAUGUACGUCUUUUCUCUCUUUAAAUCAAUAAGCUUUUAACAAUAUGACAAUAUAUACAGUAUAUUUUCACUUUGGUAACUAUCUUUUUUUAGUCAAAAUUCUUGAUUUUAUUGAGUGGCUGGGUAUACUUUCUAGGUUGGCUUUCUGCUCUGGAACAAUGUUUAUUUUUUGUGUAUUUUUUUUUUCCUUUCACGAUGAACAAUAAUCUCUGGAGCCUCUCUCGAGUGUGCAUGAUCGAGCUCCCUCUUUGUUUCUCCUCAUUUUUAAAGUCACCAAACUUCACCGUGAGGGUGAGGAAGGAAGGGAAACCUGUUCGAUGGAAGGAGAAACGUUUUUACCCCGGAGCUGUUGCUUCAAUGGAAAUAUCUGAACCAUCACAUUGCAAUGUCAAUAGAAAGGCAGUCUGUGUAAACAUGCAGCUUGCUUUUUCAUGUCAAAGACACUCAAGUGAUCAUAAAGUAACACUGCCUCAASCGAACUGAUACAGGAUCCAGCCAGUGACGAACUGUCGCAGAAACAUCUUUGGCGUGCCUCUUCUUUCAUCGACCUACCAUCUAACCACCUCCUCCUCUACGAUAGACCGCUACAGCAAGAUUUAUCUUCAUAGCUUUAAGUUAGCAGCCMGCUAAUCUUUGCUUUGGAAAUCUGAUGCACCAAGGCCUGAUGGGAAUCCGGGAUUCAGGGGAGCAGCUGCUGUGGAACUGGAUACGUUUUAAAGUGACUCCUCUGUCUUGUUUAACCCUUUCGGAUCGGACCUCCGCGAGACUGUGUAAAAUUUGUAUAAAGAUCAUAGGAGAUAAAAGUAUUUUUAAAAUUGC